CCAUAUGUAAAUAUUUAAGAUUUUGCUUAAAAAACUAAAAUUUUUAAAAUUGAUUUUUCAAUAUGUCAUUCUAAACCGGGGUUAUGUGCUCGGCGUAAAUUAGUUAUCAAAUUAUUGUUUGAAGUCUAAAAUUAUGCCAAAUUUUCGUAUUUAAUGGAAAAGAAUUUCGUUGCAAAAAGUUUGUUUACUUCACACGCGUACGUUAUUGUCUGGGUUUGGAAAUACAAAUUGCCUCCGCAAAAACAAUUUAUAUAAUAUUAACGGGAAACAAAUAAUAAUAAUGCCUCCCAGUAAAUUAGAUAGUAUUUACCGCCGUAUGUUAAUAACCCGUUUCUUUGAAAGAGGAUGGGGUAAACCGGAAAAUUUACAAAAACUUUUUCAAUUUCGCAAAAUUAUUUCGCGUCGUGAUACGUGUUUUCCUUUAGUACCCAAAGAUUACCCAGUACAAAUUGUCAAAGAAGAGAGAUAUCCCGACUGUGUGGUAUUGGAAGGAAAUUUCCUUACUCCUUUAGAAUUACAUCUACCAGGUAUAGUGCCUAAGGCAGCACAGACCGCUCAUUUCCAAGUUGUUUUACCUAAUCAUUGGCAGGAUAGGCAUCAACCAAUGUGCAUACACUUGGCAGGAACUGGUGAUCAUUUCUUUUGGAGACGGCGUAAUUUAAUAGCAAAACCUUUGUUAAAGGAGGGAAACAUUGGUUCCAUAAUAUUGGAAAAUCCAUUUUAUGGUACCCGCAAACCGGACAAUCAAGUACGUUCUAAUCUUCAUAAUGUUUCGGAUAUAUUUGUAAUGGGCGGUUGUCUUAUACUAGAAUGCUUGGUCUUACUACAUUGGUGUGAACGUAACGGUUUUGGGCCCUUGGGUAUAACAGGUUUGUCAAUGGGAGGACAUAUGGCCUCUUUAGCUGCUACUAAUUGGCCGAAACCUUUAGUACUAGUGCCUUGUCUUUCGUGGUCUACAGCUGCCACAGUUUUUACCACGGGGGUUAUGAGCCAAUCGAUUAAUUGGGAUAUGCUGGAGACCCAAUACUAUUCCGAUGGCAAAUACUGUGAGCGAUUAUCAAAAAUGGUCACGGUCAUUGAUGAUGCCUUUAUGGCAGGACAAAAAUUUAUACGCAAUUUCAGCGAAUCUAUGAUUGAACUAGAGAAAGAUAUAAAAAACUCAAAAUCAAACAAAUUACCGAGCACGAAAAAUACUCCUGAAGAUAAUCACUCUUUAACUAGACUAAUGAAAUACAUACUACCCACGACUAGUAAUGAUAAUAAAAUAAAUAUAACAAAAACCAAUUGGUGGGAACGUGAAGCCUUACAGUUUAUGCGUGGCAUGAUGGAUGAAUGCACGCAUCUGAAAAAUUUUUCCGUGCCCAAAGAAACUUCUCUAACAAUUGCCGUUUGUGCCAAAGAUGAUGCUUAUGUGCCGCGCGAAGGUUGUACGGGUUUAGAGGAUAUAUGGCCGGGUGCAGAAAUUCGUUAUUUAGAUGCUGGUCACGUGAGCGCUUAUGUUUUGUAUCAGAAACUUUUUCGAUCUUGUAUUAUAGAGGCAUUCGAAAGAGCGAAGAAGUUGGACACCGGUGUAAAUAAUGAAAACACAGGCAACAAACUGACGUAUCAUCAACUUUUGGACAAAUAUGUAAACGCAUUGUAACAGUGGCAAUAUUUAACUUUUUUUAUAUAGUGUAAUUAUUUCUUAAGAGGGCUAGUUUUAAGGGAAAUUCCAUAGUUUAUUAUAAAUUUUGAAAUGCUGUUUUUCAGUUUAGUUUAUUUUUGUAUGAGCAGCAUUGAUAUUACACAGGCCGACAAAAACUAAAAAAAAGUAGAGAACCAGUAGUCAAAUUAAACAUUUGUACAUUUUUUGAUUGAUGGUUAUAAGAACACUCCGUUUUUGGCCAUAUUUGACCUGUCGAGUUUAAAACAAAGUAUUUUUAUGGGAAAAUCUUCAGAAUUUAUGACAAAGACUUAAAAUUUAGUCAGUUUUUGUUGGUUUCAAUCUUCAUGUUAAGAUAUCUCAAAGAUAUCUAGGAAAAUAAUAUCUCCAAAAUUGGGAGACCAGAUUCGUAUCUGGGUUAAAAUUGUGUUGGCCUGUGUUAUCCAAAUAAUAAUUUAAAAAUCAGGGGAUUAAUUGGGUAAAUUCGAAAGAAAACAUUAGAAAUUAAUAGAAAUAUAAAAAGCAAAAUUCAAACGAUUUUCUUUUCGAAUCAUAUUACAAAUUACCACAAUAGGUUGUCAUAUUUAUAAAGGCUGAUUUAAAGUAAGACUUUACAAUAUUUACCUAGGAAAUUGUGAGCAUUAGAUAACAAUUUGCUUGUGUUUUACAGAGUUUACAUUAUUUACAUAAUAUUAACACGAAGUAGACUUUUCUACAAAUUUAGUCACUAGGAUAGGCAUUUCUAAUAUUUAACAACUUUAUGUAGUUUUUAUUUACUUUUAGAAACGAAAUAACCACUAACAAUUGUAUUUUUGCAAAAGUUACUCUCAUCUUUUAAUUUAUUUCUAUAUUUUUAUUUAAAUUAAAUUCCUUUUUCUUUUACUUUUCAUAAAUUCCAUAGUUUUGAAAUUAAACAAUUUGACAAUGCUAGUAGCAAAGCUGCUCAAUUUUUUAAAAUAGUACUGAAAAGCAGCAUCGCUUGUUAAAUCCGUCAUAAUGUGCAUGGCACUUUAAACCAAUGAUAAUUAAUUAUUACAAAAAAUAACUAGCCCUAAAUACUUUGUUUAUUUACAUAUACAAAUAUGUAUUUUAUUUUUUGAGUUAAAAUGUUUGUUAAUAAAUAAAUCCCCGAAAAUGUUAUA